AGUGACGUCAUAUUCAGUACUUACUUUUGAAAGUUUACUGUUCGGCCGCUGCACUUCUGCAAAAUUAUCCACGAAGUCUACACCGGACCACACUUCAAAUUUGGGGAAAUUGACGGUGCAUUUGGAGAACACUUCAGAGUGGGACAGCCGUCGUCGCGUUGCUGUGACGUCAUAGGUCUCAAAAUGCGUACUCCGGAGCGUGCGGUCGCUGGAUUGGGACACAGCCAGUCACCUGCAGAGGAAGUCUCUCACGUAUUUCUUCUUCUUCUCUUGUUGCGCCUAAAGAGAAAGAAUGGAAUGACAUCACAUCACUGUGAUGCAUCUUGCGUGUUAUCUACAUGUCCCCAGUAUCCUAUUAACUGCUCUGUCCUUGCCUUUACAGAAUAGAUGUAAAAUAAAUCAGCGAGCUGCACGCUGCCCACGCCUGCAGCUGAUGAAACACACACAGACUAAACAUAAAAAAAAACAAACAUCAAUGAGCUUGAAGUUGUUUUAGACCCAAGGCAGUCAGGGCACUUUCAUCAAACAGUCACCACUUUUAACAUUUCAGUUCUUUUGAUUGUCCAUGAACAUAUCUUUUCAUCUCAUAGAAUAAAAUAGAAAAGCCCUUUACUGUCAUUGUACAUGUACAACGCUCCACGCCGACUGUGCCGAAAUAAAAUAUACACCUAAAAACAGCAGGAAUAUGUCUGAAACAAUAGAAAGACUCUCAGUGUCCUGAGUGAUGUGGGUGACUCGGACCGUGGCUCAGAUUGGUGAGCUGUGUGGGAAGUGUGGGGUUUGGGGUGUUUGUGUAUGUGCUGAUUCGUCUCCGUGUGCACAAAAUGAGUACAGAGGGUUACGCUACAGUCACACUGCAUAGAGACAACGAGAUGACCAAAAUUACAGUGAGCGCGCGCAGUGAAGUUGCAGUGAAGUUGCAGUGAAGUUGCAGUGAAGUUGCCUUUGAGUGGCUCAGUCAGUCAGCUCAGAGUGACUUUGGUGCAUGAAGACAGCAAUAAAAGUGCAGUUCAGUCAAUCUGCUGCCAGUCUGCAACUGAAAGGAGUCAAGUCUCCAAGUAUGCAUGCAUCUGUCAUGCUGUGAUUAUGGGUGAUGAGUGUGCAAAAUGGCAAUCUGUUGCCGUGUGCAGACACAGAAACUCACAUUAACGUCUUACACUCAGACCUCAGAGAUCUGAAACUGAAACUCCGUCUACAAAUAGUGACGUAGCUGAUGCGGGACAGCCAUUCAACUGCAAAAUGACCCAGGCGCACAGCAACCUCGCUUUUAUAGGGACAUAACCCCAACCAGCGGAGCGGAGUCCCUGCUGCAGCUCAUCAGAGCAGCCUGACUCCGAUCGAUUUCAGCCUGUUCAAUCUGUUUGUAAAUCAGUCAUCUGCUCUCACCAGUCUGUCUGAGAGCGGCUGCGAUUGUUUGGAGACAAUCGCAGCCGCCACACAGCUCGGCCAAUCAGAAUGGAGACGUGGUUGUGGAUGUUCUGACUUUCUGUUUCUUGUCUUCAGAGGACGAUCCAGACUAUGCCUUCCUUGACACAGAUCAGUCCUCCUCAGAGACGCUCCCGCCUCUCCCUGGUUCCUCCUGUCUCCCUCCUGCCCUGCCGGAGAAGAGGCGAUGCAGCACCACAGAUAACACAAGCUCCCAGACUCAGCCGUGCUUUGGGUUCGGUUCUGCCCCUGAGGACCAGUGUGAUGACAGCACAGGCCCAGAUGAACCUGUCUCCUCCCCUUUGUCCCCCAGCAAGACACCCCCUCCCCUCCCUGAGAAGAAACGACACAUCCACGAGUACCUUCAGUUCUGUUCGUCCUACAGCGAUCAGUCCCCCCUCAUGUUCUAUCAGAGGCCUCCAGGUUUCAGCCAGAGAUACAACAGCCGACAUCGAGAGCUCGACACCUCCUACCAGCUCUCUCACGCACAUCUGGACACACAGCUGGACGCAGACUUAACUCCCUCACCUGAGCUGGUUCCUGCUCCGAUUCUACCACCGAAGAAGAAGCAGCAGGACUCAGCUGACAGGCCGGCUGAAGAGGGCGGAGACAGUUCCCAGAGCGUCCAGCAGGGGGCGGAGCGUGACAGGAGAAGCAGCACGGAGGAGCAGGAGGAGGUGUUACUGACUGACAAGAAGAAGAUUCGCUGCAGAAUCACCAUGAAGUCUGAGGAGGAGGAGGGGCCUGAUGUAAAGGCGGCCUCACCUGAUGUCCUAUUGGUCUAUGCUACGGGGACCAGCAGCAGAGACCAGGACCUGUACCGUGACGCUUUCCUCUGCACCUACAGGAGCUUCAUCAGUCCAAACGAUGUCAUCAGCAAACUCCAGCACAGGUACAGACACCUGUGUGGCAGACGGGAACAUGCAGACCUGACAGCUGCCAAAAACACGUUCCACCUGCUGGUGGGCGUGGUGGACGAACUAUGCGCGAUAGAGCUCGACUCUGAUGUGCUUCUGCUACUGAUGGACUUGGUGUUCAGCCUUCUGAUUGGUGGAGAGCUGGGACCGGCCCAACAGCUGCGCUCCAACAUCCUGUCAAAGAUGGAGAAGAGGUGGAAGCUAAUUGGCUCACCUCAGUCACUCCGUCCACUUGCUGCCAAGGGUGUGGCUGCCAGGCCGGGAACUCUGCUGGACUUCAGGAGUCAGGAUUUAGCUGAACAGCUGACUCUGCUGGAUGCUGAACUCUUCACAAAGAUUGAGCUUCCAGAGGUGUUGCUGUGGUCAAAGGAGCAGAAUGAGGAGAAGAGUCCCAACCUGACAGAGUUCACUCAACACUUCAACAGCGUCUCCUUCUGGGUUCGUUCCGUCAUCAUCCUUCAGGACAAACCUCACGACAGAGAGAGGCUGCUGCUGAAGUUCCUGAAGAUCAUGAAGCACCUGAGGAAGCUCAAUAACUUUAACUCGUACCUGUCAAUCCUGUCAGCGCUGGACUCCGCCCCUCUGCGACGCCUGGACUGGCAGAAAAGCACCUCAGAGGCUCUGGAGGAGUUCAGCACCUUGAUCGACAGUUCAUCCUCUUUCAGAGCCUACCGAGCAGCUCUGGCUGAAGUAGAGCCUCCCUGUAUACCCUACCUGGGUUUGAUUCUGCAGGACUUGACUUUUGUCCACCUUGGGAAUCCCGACACUUUGAUGACAUCACAGGGUUCAAAGGUUAACUUCUCCAAACGCUGGCAGCAGUUUAACAUCCUGGACACCCUGAGGAGCUACCAGCAAGUGAGCUACUCUCUGCUGCCCGAUGAUGACAUCAUUUCCUUCUUUAACGACUUCAGCGAUCACCUGGCUGAGGAGGCGCUGUGGGAGCUCUCUCUCAAGAUCCGCCCAAAGAACACUCCUCGAGCCAAUCAGAGAUGAGCUUUGGUGAAGGCGCAGAGGGUCACGCAGCUAAUCGGCUGCACCUGUUCUGAUGCUAACAUGCUGUAACACAGAGAACUGAACCGGUGCCAAACCGGGGGGCGAGACCCGAGAGCGUGACAUUACUGGCACAGACACAUGCAGGGUAAAACCUGCAGACAUUUUACUACCAGACCUUUGCUAUUUGCAGGCAGAGGUUUCCCUCCCUCGCUCCUGUUAACAGAAACAUAUUCAGAUUCAGGUCCGGCACCCACAGAUGGAUCAGAGACUUCCAGAUUUUGCUGAAGGAAGAAAAACUGCAUCCAAACAUCCAUGAAACAUCACUGCUGACCUGCCAGUCAACUCACCUGCCCUUACCUGAUGGUGGAAACCUCACCUCAGCACCGUGUCUUCAAGGCCACAAAAAUUAGUUAAUCAUUAAAGCUGAUCCCACCUGACCAUCUCGGGAAUUCCAGUGGAAAGAUUCCCUGCUUAGUAGGAAUGAUGCAAAAUUUAAGCUCCUUUUAAGGGACGAGGGUCCGAUUGUUUUAGAUGUUUUUCUAGCACCGUUUUCUGAUCUGUAUUUAAACACAUCGCGCUCGGUCCUUCAGGUGUCCGAGAGUAACUGUGGGUCUGUGGGUCUGGACUCUGAGGGCGACUGUGGGUCUGUGGGUCUGGACUC